CGUGAACGUUCAUUCAAGAGCAUUUUGACCGAUGUGCAGUCGUAAUGUCAAUAUCAGAUGUUUCCUUCUGAAUGAUCUUAACCGGACACGUAAGUAACUGGAUAAAGUUUAUUGCUUAUUGCAUAGAUAUGUGAGGUGUCAUAACAUAAAAUAGAAAUGAAUCAUAUUUGUGCUUUCUCAAGUGAACACCUUGAAAACUAGUAUCAAGCAGCAGUGUUACUUUAAUCAGUCAGGUAAUGUGACAGAGAGCACUUCUCCAGUGACAUUUGUUUUUCUGUCUGUGAUUGGUGCUGAGGAUGAAUCUGUUAAACUGCUAAACUAUAGCUACUAAAAAUAGUAGUUUUCACAAUAACUCAACCUUAAAAUUGUAAUGACAAUUUGUUAAAAUUAUAGCAGAUGCAUUUAUUCUGUCACAAAUGUCCAUCAAAUCAAUAGAGUGUGCCUGUUACAGAACAUCACAACACUGUAUUGGAAACUCCAUGUUCAAUACAUGCCUAGAGGACUGUUCAGCUACAGCAAUAGCUUGAAUCAGCUUUUGUGUCUCACAGUCAAAGAUGUUUAGAAUUGUAGAUUUUCAAAUCUAUAAGAGAUAGUUCACCCAAAACGUAAAAUGUUGUACUUCCAAACCUGUGUGGUGUUUUCUUUUUCUUUUUCAGAACACAAAAGAAGAUAAUUUGAAUCAUGUUGGUAACCAUGAAUGGACAAAAAGACAAUGAGACAUUUCUCCGAAUUUUCUCAUGUUAAUUUUAUUUAUUUAUUUAGUUCCACAGAAGAAAGAAAGUCAUACAUGUUUGGAAUUAAGUUAAGAGUUAAGAGAUGAGUAAAGGGCUAACUAACCAUUUAUGAAUAAAUACUGGGUGUUCUUUUUAUCUUGGAAGUCAUAUUAUUAUCACAUCCAGUCAUUGUAUUUUUGCAUGAAAAAAGUGUUGCAUAUUUUUUACAUAUUAUUCCUUUUAAAUUGUCUCAAUAUGUCUAGGCAUGGCAAAAUUUUCAAGUCGCCCUGGCCAGCUGCUACUUCCACCAUGUGCAGCCCAUGUGCAGUACAUCUAAAACAUUCUGCUUUCUGCUCAUAAGUUAGAAACAUUUUACAGAAGGCUGUGUGCAUAAGAGUGCUGUGAAGAUGUACCAAAUCGUAUCAGCAACUGUUGGGGAUUUUGGCAUUGGUGCCAUGAGCCGUUACUCACCACCUAAGAGGAAGAGAGUUGGUAGACCAAGCCAGCCAGUGAUAAUAGCGAGCACUCUCGGAGUUAUACUGGUUCUUGCUGCGAUCGUAGCAUGGUGCUACUACACCUCUUCUCUCCACAAGGCCAACCUUUUGACAACUGAACGAUUAGAUCUUAAAAAAGAUGGUUUUGUCAUCCGAAGCCAAACUGGGAUUGUCAUUUUUAAAAUGGAAUUCAGGUCUGGAACCCUUGAUCUGGACUCAUGUUCAAAAGAGGGACAGCUUCUCCGAUGUGACAAAUCUAUGGCUGGAAAUAUACAUUUCUUUAUAGAAACGGUGAAGCCUAAAGACACAGUCGAGUGCUAUCGUGUGCGCUGGGACGAGCUGGAGGAGCAUCGGUUGGUGGAGCAUGUCAUGUCCUGCAGUGGAUCAUACUGGUAUGGUGGUGCGGAGACUUGGUUGCAGCAUUGGCCAAUAGUAUUAAAAGGACAUCAGGCUCCCAAACCUUUCAUUACAGGUGAUAUUCAUUCGAAUCAUCAGGCAUUUGGUGGCAUCUUGGAGCGCUACUGGCUUUCUUCCAACGCUACGGCCAUAAAAAUUAAUGAUUCUGUUCCUUUUCACCUCGGCUGGGAUGAAACAAACAGAACUCUGUGGUUCCAAGCUCGAUAUAAUGACAGCCCUUAUAGGCCAGACCCUGAUAAUCCCCAUCAUGUGACUCUGAGUUAUCGUGUAUGUGUGGGGCUUGACGUCACCUCUAUACACAAGUACAUGGUUCGUCGAUAUUUCAACAAGCCCAAUAAGGCUCCUUCAGAAGCUGUUUUCAGACAACCAAUCUGGUCAACAAGAGCUCUAAAAGAAGUGAACCAAGAACGAACAUUGAAAUUUGCAUCUGAUAUCCAAAAAAAUGGCUUCAACUGCAGUCACCUGGAGCUGUACGACAGAUAUACUAGUGGCUAUGGAGAGUUUGAGUUAGAUCCCAUCAAGUUCCCCAAUGCCUCAGCCAUGUUUCAAAAACUAAGGGAAGAUGGAUUCCAGAUAACCUUGUGGACUCAUCCAUUUGUCAACUAUAAUUCUGUCAAUUUUGGUGUUGGAAUAGAACGAGGACUGUUUGUACGGGUGCCUGGUAGCCAGCUUCCCGCAUUGGUGCGUUGGUGGAACGGUAUUGCUGGCAUUUUGGAUUUCACAAAUCCAGAAGCUCGGGACUGGUAUGCCUUGAAUCUUCGCACCCUCAAGAACAAGUAUGGCGUGGCAUCUUUCAAGUUUGAUGCAGGAGAGACAAGCUACUUACCCCAGCAGUUCAGUACCUUUGUUCCUCUGCAGGAUCCCAGUACCUUUACCCGCCGCUACACUGAGAUGGCAAUACCGUUCAAUGACCGUGCAGAGCUGCGGUCGGGCUAUCAAUCUCAAAACAUCUCCUGCUUCUUCAGAAUCAUUGACCGUGAGUCACUAUGGGGAUACACCCUAGGCCUCAAAUCUAUAAUCCCAACUGUACUUACUAUAAGUAUUCUUGGCUACCAGUUUAUUAUGCCAGACAUAAUAGGUGGAAAUACAUACUCAAACCUCACUGGCCUUCCAGAUCGUGAGCUGUACAUCCGUUGGCUAGAGCUCUCAGCUUUCAUGCCAGCCAUGCAGUUCUCACUUCCACCAUGGCACUAUGAUGAUGAGGUUGUGAAUAUCGCCAAGAAGUUCACCGCACUCCACGAGUCUCUUGUAGCCCCUCGGGUUCUGGAGCUUGCUGGGGAAGUGCUGUACACUGGGGAUCCCAUCAUUCGCCCUCUUUGGUGGAUUGCAACAGAUGAUGAGGCAGCUUACAAAAUUGACUCUCAGUUCCUCAUAGGAGAUGACCUCCUGGUGGCACCUGUUCUUGAACUGGGCAAGCAGGAAAGAGAUAUAUACCUUCCUGCGGGCAGAUGGAGAAGUUACAAGGGAGAGUAUUUUGACAAAGGCCCCAUGUACCUUACUGAUUAUCCAGUGGACUUGGAUGAAGUUGCUUACUUUGUGUGGUCAGGAUAGUUUUAAGUAGGUAAAGGAUGAGCCCAAACAAAACCCCAAAACCGACUGCUGAAUUCUGAUCUGGCCAUACCAUAAAUUAUUUGUGCAAUCACGUGAUUAAAAAAAUUGUUUUUAUACUAAUAGCAUCAGUAAGGUUUUUGCUGUAGUUUGUCCUUAUGUUGAUAUUGCAUAAAUCUCAAGAAAUAGGCUCCUCAGAAAAUAGGCUACCCGCCUGUCUCAAAGUUUUAAUGAAGAACUCUUGAAUUGUGAAAAAAGGCCCAAAUGUUGGAAUGUGCAGAGCAAAAACAUGUCUUUACUGGGAUAAAGUUAUAGGAGUGGUUUUGCUUUCUGGAUGCUGGGAAUUGUUAUCAUUAUUGAUCCUUAUAAUGUAGAGUAAAAUGUUAGUACAUUUUUGGUUUAAAGCAAAACCCAGUGAAAGCAACAUGAUGAAAUAAUUUUGUAUGUUACUUAUUUAUAACGUUUUUGUAAAGCUUGUUUAUGUGUACUUGUUUUGUCAUUUGUUUCCCACAGUGUCAAAAUACAUAGAAAAAAGCAACCACCUAACUUAAAUGUACAAUGAAGGAUGUAUGAAGGAUUCAACUAGUUUAAAGGGAAUAUUUUCUACAGUUUGUAGCAUUCGCUUAUUCACUGAAUUACAUUUGUAAUGUCUCAGAGUUCUUGCUCCAUAAUUAACAUUUUGCUGCCCUCAGCUCAACUCAUAGAAUAAAACAAUUUAUAUAGUGUAUGUUUAGAUAUAUUUGUUAAUAUACAAAUACAUGUUAACUUAUGAACAUAAAAGUAAUUGUUUAUUUAUUGGAAACAAAUUAUAA